GCCUCCCGACGUCCAAAUUUCGCUGGCGAUUAACAUCCCGCGUGGAGAGCAGCACUCGGGUGCCUGCCCGGCUCCCUGCUUUGGGAUGGUCGUUCCUGAGCGCUGAGCUCAGCUGCUGGGAAAAGCCCGUAGGAAAAUAUCGCCGCUGGAGAAGGUCAGUCAGUCCAAGGACAGUCACCUUCUACUCCUCCUCCCUGCGCGUCUGCUUAUCAUGAUUGUUAGAUAGCACCCUACACCACAAUGAUCAUGGCUCCGAGGAAAAGGAAUCGUCAUGCUUUGGGGUUUCUUUGCUGCUUUGGGGGCAGCGAACUUCCUGAAAUUAACCUUAAGGAUAACAAUCCCUUGCAGUUCCUGGAAUUCUCUGUGCCAAUUCCACCAGCAGAAGAGCUCAAUGCAAGAUUCUCUGAGCUUGUGGAUGAAUUGGAUCUCACAGAUAAGAACCGAGAAGCGAUGUUUGCACUCCCUCCAGAGAAGAAAUGGCAGAUUUACUGCAGCAAGAAGAAGGAACAAGAGGAUCCUAAUAAACUUGCUACAAGCUGGCCAGACUAUUACAUAGACCGCAUCAAUUCCAUGGCUGCUAUGCAGACCCUGUAUGCUUUUGAUGAAGAAGAAAUGGAAAUGAGGAAUAAAAUAGUUGAAGACUUGAAGACAGCUCUUCGGACGCAACCCAUGAGAUUUGUGACAAGGUUUAUUGAGCUGGAUGGCCUGACCUGCUUGUUGAACUUUCUCAAGAGUAUGGAUUAUGAGACCUCAGAGAGCCGCAUACACACAUCCGUUAUAGGGUGCAUCAAGGCUCUGAUGAACAACUCCCAGGGACGAGCACAUGUACUGGCCCAUCCAGAAAGCAUCAAUAUAAUCUCUCAGAGUUUACGGACUGAGAACAUUAAAACCAAGAUUGCUGUGCUGGAGAUCCUUGGGGCAGUUUGCUUAGUACCAGGUGGUCACAAAAAAGUCCUUCAGGCUAUGCUUCACUACCAGGUCUAUGCAGCAGAGAGGACAAGAUUCCAGUCAUUGCUCAAUGAGCUAGACAGAAGCAUGGGCCGCUAUCGAGAUGAGGUGAAUCUCAAAACUGCUAUCAUGUCUUUUAUUAAUGCUGUUUUGAAUGCUGGCACUGGUGAGGAAAAUUUGGAAUUCCGAUUGCACUUACGAUAUGAAUUCCUAAUGUUGGGUAUCCAACCUGUUAUCGACAAGCUAAGGGGACAUGAGAAUGCAACACUAGACAGGCACUUAGAUUUCUUUGAGAUGGUCAGAAAUGAAGACGACCUGGAACUUGCAAAGAGAUUUGAUGUGGUACAUAUUGACACAAAAAGUGCCUCACAUAUGUUUGAGCUGGUCAAGAAAAGGCUGAAACACACAGAUGCUUAUCCAUAUUUGCUCUCUUUCCUUCAGCACUGCUUGCAAAUGCCUUAUAAACGAAAUGGGGGAAAUUUUCAACAGUGGCAGCUGUUAGACAGGAUACUUCAGCAAAUUGUUCUUCAGGAUGAGCGAGGUGAUGAUCCAGAUAUAGCUGCUUUGGAGAACUUCAAUGUCAAGAACAUCAUUAAGAUGUUGGUAAAUGAGAAUGAAGUGAAGCAGUGGAGGGAUCAAGCAGAAAAAUUCCGGAAAGAACACACUGAGCUGAUGAGCAGGCUAGAAAAGAAAGAAAGGGAAUGUGAUAUAAAGACUCAGGAAAAAGAUGAAAUGAUGAAGACAUUAAAUAAAAUGAAGGACAAGCUGCAGAAAGAAGGCUUGGAGCUACGCCAAACUCGGGACCAAAUGACUGACCUUGUAGCUCAACUCAAUGAGUUCUCGCAUGGUGGCAACAUUUCCUUCCCAUCCACUCCUCAACUGCCUCCAGGUGGCCCGUUUGCUCUUUCUUCAGAUAUACCAUCAUCAGAGACUUUGCCUCCUCCACCACCACCUCUUCCAUUCUCUAGUCCCCCUCCACCAGCUCCACCACCUCCUCCAGGAGGCCCCCCUCCUCCUCCUGGAGCGCCCCCAUUUUUCAACAUGGGAAUGCCUCCAGUUUCCACCACCACAUUCAGCACCAGUGGAACAAGUCUGAAAAAGAAAUCAAUCCCGCAGCCAUCUCAUCCACUGAAGUCUUUCAACUGGGCCAAGCUGAGUGAGGAGAGAAUAAAUGGCACAAUCUGGCAUGAAAUUGAUGAUUUAAGAGCUUUCAAGAUGUUGGAUCUGGAAGAUUUUGAGAAAAUGUUCUCUGCUUAUCAGAGACACCAGGACCUGCUAACUAACCCUUCCUCCUGUAAGCAGAAGGAAAUGGGAUCAACUGAAGACCUGUACCUGUCCAGUCGAAAAGUCAAAGAGCUUUCUGUGAUUGAUGGCCGGAGGGCUCAAAAUUGUGUCAUCCUGCUUUCUAAGUUGAAACUAUCUAACGAAGAAAUCCGACAGGCAAUCUUGAAAAUGGAUGAAGAAGAAGAUCUGGCUAAAGAUAUGCUUGAGCAGCUUCUGAAGUUUGUUCCAGAGAAGAGUGAUAUUGACCUUCUAGAAGAACAUAAGCAUGAAAUCGACCGCAUGGCUCGGGCAGAUCGUUUCCUUUAUGAAAUGAGCAGAAUCGAUCACUACCAGCAACGACUUCAAGCGUUGUUCUUUAAGAAGAAGUUCCCAGAGAGGCUUGCAGAAGCCAAGCCAAAAGUGGAAGCGAUUCUCCUGGCUUCCAAAGAGCUUACCCGUAGCAAGCGCCUAAAGCAGCUUCUGGAGGUUGUUUUAGCCUUUGGCAAUUACAUGAACAAGGGCCAAAGAGGAAAUGCAUUUGGCUUUAAAGUUUCCAGCCUGAACAAAAUAGCUGACACCAAAUCUAGCAUAGAUAAGAACAUUACACUGUUGCACUACUUAAUUAUGAUAUUUGAGAAGAACUACAUAGAUAUCCUGGACAUACAGUCAGAAUUGCAGUAUCUUCCAGAAGCAGCAAAAGUCAACCUGGUGGAGCUGGAGAAGGAAGUCAAUAACAUAAAGAAUGGAUUGAAAGCUGUUGAAGCAGAGCUAGAUUACCAGAAGAGACGUAUGCGGGAAGCAGGUGAUAGGUUUGUUCCUGUCAUGAGUGACUUCAUCACUGUAGCCAGUUUUAGCUUUUCGGAGCUAGAAGACCUUUUGAAUGAUGCAAGGGAUAAG